AUGACAAAGCAGGUGGGGAGAGGGAUGGCAUUGGAAACGAGCAUAUUUAGACUGGACUCUGUUUGUCCUCGCAUGCUUGACCUCUGCAUGGCACCUGUUGGGUUUACUACGACGGCCGCCAAGGAAGCUCCAGGGUUAUUCAUUGAUGCGGUUACUCUCCCAGCCGAAAUUGGUGGCUAUGAAGUAAUGGCCAAGGAUAUUUGCCAAAAUAUCAUAUAUACAGACAUCACGAUGUAUCUCAUGAAAAUGGUGUGUCAAGAAAGUAUUCCAACGGCACAUCCUGAUUCCAGCAGUUUCGAACUAUGCCUGCCGUUCCUUGACAACCAAUACGAUAUAGCAAUUUGCGGAGAAGCCGUAGGCAGAGAUCAUCCCAGAGAAAAAUAUCGCAGCCACUGUGAGUCUCAACGUUUAAUGGUCUCCCAACUAGUAUUUGCAAUGCAUUGUCUGAAGCCUGGUGGCUCCAUUAUGCUGCUUCUUCAUCGCAUCGAGUCUUGGGAUACGGUAUGCAUCCUUCAUGCUUUCAACAAGUUCUCCGAUAUUCGGCUCUAUAAACAUGCCAAGGCACAUGCUAUUAAAUCAUCAUUUUAUCUGGUCGCAAGAAGAGUUAACCUGGAACACCAUACUGCCAGACAUUCCAUGGAUUAUUGGAAAAGUCUGUGGCGAUACCUGACAUUCAAACAAUUCCAGGAAAUUCAAUUUAGCCUAUUAAUCGAUGAUGUCUCCUUGCAAAUUAUGAUAAACGAGUUUGACCUUCAGUUUCUCAGACUAGCGGAACCUAUCUGGAAAAUUCAGGUGGACGCGCUUCGCAAUGCCCCUUUCAUGCGACAAGCGUAA